AGAAAGACAGUGCGCACUGAGGUCCAUACCCUUUGACCACUCGCAUCGACGAUGUCUCCUGCCACGGUUGUGAUCGCUGCGCUGCUUAAUGCGUUGUCUAUCCACUCAUCGGAGGAUGUCUUAACGAAUGAGUGGGACACGCUGGAAAACAGCCGCCUGGACCUCUCGUCACGGGGCCUGACGCUCAUCGACGGCGACAUAGCGGUGCGCACCGCGGACUGGCUAGACAUGAUGGCAAGCGCCAAUGCCACCAACGUGUCCGUCGAAGACGGAGACCAUCAGCAACGCAAGGGCACGCCUUUCAUCUGGAGGCGGUGGCCCCGCAGGACUGUCUACUACGACUUCCACUCGUCGGUGAAUGACCGUGUCAAGGAGAUCAUAAUGGAGUCCAUCGCCCACUGGGAAGAGAGAACUUGCCUCGUGUUCACGCGGAGGUCCCAGGUCCACCUCUGGUACAUCAACUUCCGCACCGACAACGACGGGUGCUGGUCAUUGGUCGGCAUGGAGCCACUCGGCCCACAGGACCUCAACAUUGGGCCCGGAUGCGAACACACGUCGGUGGUGAUCCACGAGAUCGGCCACGCCAUCGGCUUCUACCACGAACAGUCGCGCAUGGACAGGGACGGCAGCAUCCUCAUCCUGUGGGAGAACGUGCCGCGUGACAGGGCUUCCCAGUUCGCCCAGACCCUGGAGAACAGCCGAAAUGUGCCGUACGACGUCACCUCGGUCAUGCAGUACUCGCAAGGGGCGUUCAGCGCACAGCGGUUCGAGAAGAACACGAUCGUGACGCUGGACCCCCACCUGCAGCUCAGGCUCGGCGGAGACGGCGUGCUCAGCUUCCGGGACCGCAAGCUCGCCAACCUGAUGUACUCUUGUCCCGAUCUGUGCCCCAACCGACGCAGCGGGCAGUGCGAGAACGACGGCUUCCUCUUCCAGCCCAGCGGAGCGAGUGACGAGGAACCGUGCAAAUGCGUCUGCCCGCCCAACACGGCUGGAGAGCGAUGCGAGGAGCUGCGAGGAAAGUACUACGGCGAUCCCGUAUGCGGAGGCAAUGUGACCACGGCCGGCGAAGUCAUCGAGACGCCAGGUUUUCCCAACAGGGACGUCGACUACAAAGGUUGCACCUGGUGGAUACAGGCACCCGUAGGUCAGGUGCCACGCUUGACAUUCGAGGAGUUCAGCAUCGAGCCGCGACUGCAGCUUCCGGAAGAGCACCCGGCCAGCGCCUACAACGGACAGUGUGCCCGCGAGCGCCUGGAGGUUCGCACGAGAGACCGUUACCACGGAAAGAUGUACUGUGGCAACGAGAUCAAACCCAACGAGACGAUGACCGCGCAGACGCCUGACAUGGUGCUCAUCAUGGGAGCCAAGAGGACCAACACGGGAAAGGGAUUCAGAGCGCGCGUUGACUUCGUCGACAAGGCCUCCGGUCUGGGUGAGAUCGCGAACGCUAUCGCCAACGUCAUCGGCACGGCGCAGAACUUCGUCGAAGCGCAGAUGAGCGGAAGAUAACAGUUGAAGGGACGAACCGCGAACUCGCUCGCAAAGUUAACGUCUCUUU